AUGUCUUUCCCUCAGCUGGGGUAUCCCCAGUUCCUAAGUGCCUCCCAUGAGGUGUACGGGGGCGAGCGGCCGGCCUCUGCCCGGGAAGGAGGCACCGAGGGAGGCGUGAGCUCGUCCGCCACCGCCGCGGCUGUCGGCUCCAUGCUGGGGAUGUACGGGAGCCCAUGGGCGGCUCACAACUACAGUGCCUUUCUGCCGUACAGCGGAGCCACAGACCUCGCCCUCAUAUCCCAAAUGGGCUCCCAGUAUGACCUGAAGGACAGUCCGGGGGCCCACCCAGCCGCGCUGCCUGUCCACGCCGCUCAAGGUUUCUACCCGUACGGCCAGUAUCCAUACGGGGACCCGGCGAGGGCCAAGACGGCCACUCGGGAGACCACCAGCACCCUGAAGGCCUGGCUGCAGGAGCACCAGAAGAACCCAUAUCCCACCAAAGGCGAGAAGAUCAUGCUGGCUAUCAUCACCAAAAUGACACUCACACAGGUGUCUACGUGGUUCGCCAACGCCCGCAGGAGGCUGAAGAAGGAGAACAAGGUGACCUGGGGCCGGAGCGCCGAGGACCGAGACGGGCGGAUCUUCAGCAGCGACAACGAGGACGACCACGGCAAGAACGGCAGUGAAGAUGACGAUGAAGAGGAGGAGAUCGAUUUGGAAACUGUCGAUAUCGAGAGGCCCGAGGAGCAGCGAGCAGGGGAGCAGCUGGGCACUGGGAAGGGAGAGGGAGACGCAGGCCUGGCCGCCAGAGAGGCCUCGGAGCCGAAGAGCUCGGAGAGCAGCAGGACGCUUUCAGUGGAGGGCCUGAGAGGAGCGGAGGGGGCUAUUUCUCUGAUAAAGGCUCCUGUUGUGAAACUCGCGGUGGAUCAUUCUCCCAGUCGACAGGAGUGCCAGAGACCACCGCAGAGCAAGCCCAAAAUCUGGUCCCUGGCUGAGACGGCCACGGCCCCCGACAGCUCUCACAAACCCUCCCCCGCGGCUCAUGCGCACCACCCUGCUCUGGCCUCCGCUGCUCACCCGGCCUUACUCCCGGGUCAUGGGAUAUAUACAUGCCAGAUUGGCAAGCUGCACAACUGGGCCAACGCGGCUUUUCUGAAUGCCAACUCUCUUUUGAACAUGAGGUCGCUGCUCGGAGGGGCUCCGGCCACACACCUGCCUCUCCACGGCGCACAGGCGGCGCGUCAUGACGCACGACCGGCCGCGACGGGUCUCGGAGCCUCGGGGACGGAGGAUGACAGCGAUGAAGAGUCGUCAGGAAGCUUCAGUCCAAAGCGAGAUGACGAAGAGAGCGACCACAGGCCUGACUCCCCUAAGUCCUCAUUUCAGCUGAUCACUGACAGACCUCACCACGGGACAGCACCACAGCGAGUUCUGACAACGACAUUAUGAGAAGAAAAAGAAAAAAACAACAACAACAACAACAAAGGAAUAAUUUUAUUUAAAGGAGAA